GAAACGUGAGGAAUACUUAGCCAAAGAGAUUUGCUCUGCAAUUUUCUCGACGGACUUCGACUCGCAUCUUUAUUGUCGAUACUUUGAGCCAACUGAAGGGCUUCGGGCGAGUAGGCAAUACGAACCAAUAACUGUACGUGAUGUCACCGCAAAUCGGCGAUUUAUUUAUACGAUGAUGCCAGUUCUGUGACUAAUGUGACGAAUCACACUUCCUGCAUUUCUCUGCAAUCGUUGAUGAACAGCCAACAGACUACCGACUGUCGGCGUAAUUCUUAUGGGACUGACAUAAAUGGCACAGCGAUUGUACACGUCAUGGCGAUGGAAACGAAAGUAUCGAGCAGACGAAGCUUUUAGACAAAGGCUUGAACUGGCGGAGGAUUCGCCUGGAAAGAGUUGCGGAGCAGAGCGCGGUUGCGCGCGGGAAUGGCGAGGUGCCACGGUGAGCAGCUGCCAGCCGAGACGAACGGAGAAGCAAUGCGGCAAAAAGAUGGGCCCGACGCGGCAGGUUGAGAUUGAAGGCGGAGGCGCGCUGGCGGGCGAGCUGCAACUGGGCUACGCGGCCUGCGAGGCGCUCGUGGCGGCGUGCGCGAUUCUGGGCAACGGCCUAGUGAUCCUGGUGUUCGCCAGGGAACGCAGGCUGCGUCGGCGCACUAACUAUUACAUCGUCUCACUAGCCUGCGCCGAUCUGCUGGUCGGCCUUUUUGCUAUCCCGUUUGCCGUGCUGGCGAGCGUCGGUCUGCCGCGCGACCUGAACGCCUGCCUCUUCACUGUGUCCGUGCUUGUGGUGCUUUGUACCAUCAGCAUCUUCUGCCUGGUAGCAGUCUCCAUCGAUCGCUACUGGGCCAUACUAUACCCGAUGGGCUACUCGCGUAGUGUGCGUACCAGAACAGCCAUCGGUAUGAUAUGCACCUGUUGGCUGGCUGGCACGCUAGUCGGCUUCCUACCGCUGCUUGGUUGGAACGCCGGGCGCAAGUCUGACGGCCAGUGCGUCUUCGUCGAAGUUAUGGACUACGACUACCUGGUAUUCCUGUACUUGGCGACCAUAGUGUUACCGGCGCUGCUGAUCGGUGCCUUCUACGUCAACAUCUAUCGCGUGGUUCUCAAACAGCUACGCCAGAUGGUUACGUUGGAGCCAGGCUACGGGCGCGGUCAACCCGAUGGUCACGGCACGAUGCUGCGGCUGCUGGGAGCGGCGCAGAAGCGCGAGCUCAAGGCCACACAAAAUCUAUCACGCAUCGUUCUCUUCUUCAUCGUCUGCUGGUUCCCCCUCUACACCAUCAACUGCGUCGAAGCGUUCUGCCCGCGGUGCCAGGUCAGCCAGGUGCUGCUCAACUUCUGCAUCAUCCUGUCACACCUUAACUCCGCUGGCAAUCCUCUGCUCUACGCCUACCACCUUAAGGACUUCAGGGCCGCCCUCAAAAGCUUUGUGCAGGGUUUGCUGUUCUCGGUGACGCUGACCGCUAGCGCCGCCGUCUGUCGCCCAAGAUACUUGGUCGCCGGCGCCCCGAGUGGCAGCAACAGAAGGCCUGGCGGUCUUUCGGUAAUCGUCGCUGCUAUGAAUGGCAACGACAGCAUCGAUGAGGUCGAUGACAAAAAGAUGAACAUCAGGACGCUGGGAUUGAGCUCGCCGCUACUGGUAGUCGACUGUGCAAGCCGCCGCGGUGCAGUCGCCAGCAGUGGCAGUUCGAGUGGUAAUAAUCUGAGUGCCGCUCGCGCAGGCCUAGUGUCGGGGCUGGGUUCGAAGAAGUCCGAGGUCGCCGCUCACGACGUCACACCGGGUAACCUGCCUUUGACGCUCGAGCUAGAGACCUGCGAGUUCCAAGUCGCAUUACAACUUCAUGAUCAAAACGAGCGCAACAGGCCAAGCGUUUCACGUCAGCACUCGACCCUCAUUGCCGACGAGUGAAGCUAUGGUCAAAUUCUAGCUCAAUAAUGGAACUUUUCACCUUGAAUUAGGCGUUUAUUGUUGUAAACCGUUCGUUUUGCAUUGUGGCCAGGAAAUAGUACAUAAUGUACCAAGAGAGCACAGUGCACGGUUUUCCUACUACAAUUUCGUGCUGCAUGUAAAAUUUUUUUAUGCACCCCUAUAGAGGA